AGUCAGUUUGCCGGAGCCAGUACCGCGUGCUGGUUGUAUUUACUCGACAUAUUGUGUCUCAUACAAUUUAUAUACUUUGUACACUGGAUUUCGAUAAUUAAUAAUUUAUUUAAAUUACUCAGCCUAAUUAAUAAAUAAAUCCGCCAAAUUAACGCAAAUAAAAAUUAAAUCGUGUUCUUUUUUUUUUCGCGGGAACCCGCCAUUGUGUUUCCGAAAAAAAAGUUUAUUUAGUGCAGUGACAAGUGUUUUGUGAAUAUAAACAAUGUGAUAGUGUGUGAUUAGUAUUUAUUUACCCAUAUUAAAUUUUGUGCAUUGGAUUAAUUAUUUAUUUUUUUUUUAUUUUAUUCAAAAAGCCACGCGCCCACUGGCGUCUGAAGACUCAACGCCUUGUACGGCUUUAAAGAAAUAUGUGAAUAAGCGUUAAAUUAACGAAUGAAGCUAGAAAAUUAUCUUGAAUUUUUGACGGUGAAUUUUCCUGCAGCACUGAGUGCUCAGACCAGAUUAAUGUCAAGUGUAUCAGCAGUAUUCUCAAGUAUUUUUAAAUGAUAGAACCAUGGAUUAAUGUAUCGAUUAGACGAGAAAUUGAUUUAUUUUCACGACAGAGUUCUUGUUGAGUUAAAUAUUUUUGACGACUGAUCCAAGUAAAAGACGCAGAAUAACCAUGAGGCUGCUGUCAAUCCUGCUGUGCCUUGGUCUCGUGCUGAGACUGAGCAUCAGCCAAGAAGUCUGGGAUUGCGGACCCCCGUGCAAAUGUAAAUGGGUGUCGGGUAAAAAAACAGCGGACUGUACGCGACAGAACUACACCCACGUACCAAAUUACUUGUCCUCGGAGAUCCAGAACCUGGACCUGACCUCCAACAGGAUAAACCACCUGCAAGAAGGCGCAUUUAGCCGCGUGGGUCUCGUCAAUCUCCACAAAUUAGUGAUGCGUAAUUGCGGAAUCCGGACGAUAAACACCGGCGCCUUCAACGGGUUGAAAAUAGUCAUCGAGCUCGACCUCACCGGCAAUCACAUAACGAACUUGAUGCCCGGCACAUUCUUGGAGACCCAGAAGCUGCGCGUGCUUUUGUUAAACCACAAUUCCUUGCAAUCUCUCGACAACGGACUGUUCCACGACCUCGAGCAUCUGCAGCGAGUCGAGAUAUCCCACAACCAUCUUGAACGUAUCUCAGACCGUACAUUUGAGAAUCUCCCGGGAUUUGUUACCCUCACACUGAACGACAAUAAUUUAACCAGCGUGAAGCUCGCGACCUUUGAAAAUUUACCCAGAUUGGGUAGCCUCGAAUUGCGUAACAACCAAUGGAACUGCAACUGCCACUUGAAAAAGUUUCGUAACUGGACAAUAGAACGGAAAUUGUACACUAAGGGAACAACUUGCGUCCAGCCAGAAUCCCUGGCAGGUAAAAUGUGGGACGAAGUUGAUUCCGAUGAAUUUGCCUGCCGUCCAAAAAUAAUUUCAAUCGGCGCUUAUCCGCAAAUAGAAAUAGGCGACACCGUUACUAUGUGGUGCCAUGCAUCGGGAAUACCUCGACCUCAACUGUCCUGGGCUCAUAGGUCACGUGUUUUAAAUAAUUCAACAAAACGGCACACCAGUGAUCGCGGUUACUAUUUAUCUGAACGUCACGAGUGGUUAAAUUUGACAAUCACCGACGUAAUACCCUACGACAAAGGGGAGUAUAUUUGUAUCGCAAAGAGUCCCGGUGGAAUUGUUGAAAAAAAUAUAACACUGGCAAUUAUCGGGGAUGCUGACAACACGAGAACAAGUUUGAUUAGUUUGCCAUUGGCACUGGGGCUCGGCGUGACACUGCUGAUAUUUUUAUUGUUCUUCUUGACGCUCUGUACGUGGUACUGGCGACGUAAGAAAAGACACGAGAAUGAGAAGAGUGCGGAUGUCACGUCUCUGGAGCAUCAUGGUCUGGGCGAACAAGAGAAAUCACUCAUUACGGCAAUUAAUCCGGUUGUUAAACCGCCCAGGAGAUAUGAAGCGCCCUCGGUCACGUCUCAUGGUACCGAGAUGACGGAACUUAAUCGCACGCUACUUGACAACGACUCCGUCUUCGCCGACGGCGUGGGAAGUGUAAUAGGCGUGAUGGGCGGCAUGGUUGACGAACGAGCUCGCGCUACUCCCGAGCUGAGUGUCGAGAGCUCAACUCUGCUCCGCGGAGCGAGUUACCGUCACUACCCUCCGGAUUUGCUGGCUUUUUCCGGGGGUCGGGGGGCGUCUCCAACCAGUCAAUCAUCAACCCUUCCCGAUACUCGUUCUUCAAACCACUACCAGCACCCCCACCUGCAUCAAUCGCACCCGCAGCAUCCUCAACAAUCGCCGUCCCACCAGCAGCAAUCACCUCGUGGAUUUUCGCCCUCAUCGGGUCAAUAUCCCGCAGCAUUUAAAACACUUCCGCACAAUUUAAAUCGUCAAAUGGCAGUUUAUAAUUCCCCAGUGCUACCAGUUAUGCCGCGACACGGUUACGUGACAAUUCCACGUCGUCCAAGAGCACCCAGCUGGAGCAGCGGACCUCCAAGUUCACCAGUUGAUCAUCUCGAGCCAGUUUAUGACAAUUUAGGCGCUCGUACAACUGCCGACGGUAGUUCGGUACUGUCUUUAAAUAAAAUAAACAAAAGUCCCGAGCCGAUAUCAUCAAUGAGAAUGCGACCAUUACCCAGUACGCCCACAUCAGCAUCCAAUAAUAAUAAUAAUAAUAACACUAGUAGUAGUAGUAAUAGAGAUAGUAAUAAUACGCCAAGUAAACCUCAAACACCAACACCAACAUCAUUAACUCCACUCAGUCCCUCGGCAUCAACACCAACAUCAAGUUUCCCAACAACUUCUGCUCAUUUUAACUCAAUACAACGGAGCACACCAAAUAUCUUCAAUAGCAGCAGCAUCAGUACCAACAGCAGCAACACCAGCGGGAACCCAUCCGACAGAUCAGCGCCCGAGGGUGCCGCCGAAUGGUUUACUAAACUUCCCGAUGAAAUAGAGAAACGUGUUCGCCGCGAAUCUACAUCCUCACCACUACCGGCCCCGUCGGCCCCAACGCCAACGCCAACGCAAACAACACCGUCGUCCUCAAACACAACAUCUGGUCAAAGUGCCACGAGUACAUUGGGAAGAAAAAUACCCCCGAGACCGCCACCAAAGCCCAAAAAAAAGUCUGCAAACGGACCUCUGUACGAGGACGAGGGCGAAGACGGUACGGAAGUUUGAUUUAUUUGGUCUCGGCGGAGAGUAAAAAGCAACUCGGUCUUCGUCGACGACCUAUAGUGCCUUUUUUUAAUGUUUAUUGUUAAGCAAAGAAUGUGUGCCAGAUUUUUUUUAAACUCACUACGUAUUUAAACUCACUGGGGUAUAAGUGGAUAAAUUGGUCUUCCAGCAAAUGUCACGCAGAUCAACUCGAGAAUAAUGAAAAAACAAAAAGACUAUUGACGAUUAAAUAAAAUAUAUUGUUUGUUAGUGUACAAUAAAUACGCGGAACAAGAA